AUGGCUGGGGGUUUAUCUAAUGAAGUCAGUUAUGAAAGUAUAUUAGCUCGUACGUCAGAUUACAACAGGAGGUUAAUUACUGACAAGCAAAGUCGUCUUCCAUUUUUGGAUAAUGCGACCGGCAUAGCUCAGAGGCCCUGUCAAUUACAACGGAAGGACGAAGAACGCUACCUCAGUCCCCUUAAUAACAAAGUCUUCACAUAUUGUGCCCACAAAUGGAAAAAGACAAAAAAGAACACCCUCUCUCAUAGUUCGGUGGUUCGGUCUGUGGAUCAGUUUAAUAAUAAUGCCAGAGCGGCCCAAGACGCACUUUGGCGUGAAUUGGACGAUGAGGACAGUCGUAGUACAUGGGCUACAAAUCCCGUUUACGAUGUUGACUCAGAAGGGAGUGAGCAAGCUGAUGAAACCUAUGGUGGCCGACGAAAAAGACGGAAAACGAGGGGUCCUCGGUCGUCAAAACUAAACGUGAGUCAAAUAUCAACCCCGGCCAGCGGUCGAAGACGAGCGGCUACUAACUCCUACUAUUCAAGUUACACCAACGGUAAUUCAAUUUAUGAAGAGGACUCCAAUGAGAAAUAUCCUACUGCGCAGUUUGUUUGCGAAGUAUGUGGUGGUCGAUAUAAGACUAAAACUGGUCUAAAUUAUCAUUAUAACUCUCAGCAUUCUGGAAUUACAUCUCAGCCUAAGAAGACUUUACAAGUUGGAACUCCGAAAGCUGUUAAUAAUAAUGGCCAAUCUCUUCCCCAUACUUCGGUCAAUACAGGUCUUCUUUCUGCACUAAUUGAAAAUACCUCGGAUAGGACACCAGUUACGUAUAAUAGCAAUACAAGGAAUAUCCCUAGUACUAUCCUCGAAGUUGGAAAGCCCCGUCCAUCUGAAGCACUUGCCGAGGAUGGUGAGCCGCUGGUGUGUGACUACUGCGGUCAUGAUGAACGCCUCAACCCUAAGAAACCUGGCGGUGAAGGACCCGAACCUCUCCUCUGUUGCUCAGACUGCACUCGUCGAGCGCACUUCUCCUGUCUCCAAUUUGUGCCCAAUAUGAUCACCUCAGUGCACGGCUAUCGGUGGCAGUGCAUUGAGUGCAAAACCUGCUGGCUUUGUGGAACUUCGGAGAAUGAUGAAGAGAUGUUAUUCUGCGAUGACUGCGAUCGAGGUUACCACAUGUUUUGUCUUCGUCCUCCACUCACUCAGCCACCCGAGGGCUCGUGGAGUUGUGCUCUCUGUCUAGAACGUUUCAAGGAGGCUGCUGCUUCCAAUGUGAACGCCUCCGCCAAUUCAAAUACUGUUGCCAAACCGCCCGCCUCCUAG